AUGGUUUCCGCAUUAGCCCUCGACAAAGGCUCCAGCUCGAUUCCCACGACCCUGAUGAGCUACAGCAGUAACUUCGAUGCUCCUAGCGAGCAGACGGCGCAAAGAUUGAGGGGGGUCAUCAAGAGCAGGUCUCCUGUAGCCGACAGACCUAUUCAACUGAAGGACGAGGAACAUCAGCCCGAGCAUAUCAGAACCACCAAGACACUGAAGGAUCCGAAGUCGCAAAGUCGAUUCCAAGUCACGACGUGUUUGUCAGCUCAAGCGGCUCAUGGCGCCUUCCCUCGAUUUCAUUCUCAUGUAAUCACCACCUCAUUCAUUGUUCAUAUCCUUCAAAUACGAGGACACGGCAAGAACUUCCAACCGAGCAGCUCAAGCAGUGGUGACACUUCGACCAGUGGCCAAGUGGUCGUUGGAGCGCUCAGAAGAAGCUCCCCGAAUGCCACCAAGCACAAGCUCAUUGUCUGGUUGCACAUCAUUGUCGUCAAUGGUCCCGCUCAUCUCCUCGCCAUGGUCCUGAGGCUCGGUGGCCACAUGACGCCCAUCCGAUUGCCUGCUCUGCCAAGUCGGCCGCUCCUCCAGCCCCGGUCGCAAUGGAGCUCAUCUGGCAGAAUUCGAAUCCGGGGGCAGCAACCGCGUCUGUUUUGGCGGACUUCGCGUGCGUUUACUACGCAGUCGAAGCGCCGGGUGCUUGACGACUUCGACAGACAGAGAUAUGGCUUCCCCCCACCAGAGGAACCAACCCUCCUCCAAAAAAUGGGCGAAUCCGCCGCCACAACCCUAGCAUCCAUCCUCGUCCUAGCAAGCGGCUUCGCGUUCGCCGCCUACGCCUACCACAAAUCCUACAAACGCGUCGUCCUCCAAAAGAUGGCCAACGCCUUCCAACCGGGCGACCCCGUCCUCGAACUAGCUGCCCUCGCCAAGGACGUGCCCUCCACGGGUGCACCCGACGGCCGCUGGGUUCUCCGCGAUGAGCAGGUGCACGUCGACGAGAUCAUCGAUGGUAAAGCGUCGGGGCAUUAUUACCUCUUAAUAGGUGACAAGGGCACAGGGAAGAGCAGUAUGCUUAUUGAGGCUAUGCGCAAGAUUGACGGGGAGGGCGUGGCUAUGUUCGAGGCCCAUUCCGAUCUCGAAAUCGUGCGGAUACGUCUCGGCAAGGCCCUCGAUUUCGAGUUCCAUGAGGACUACAUCGGCGGAUACUUUAGCGAGCGUGGACCGAGGGAUUCGACGGCCCUUCUCGAUAUCGAGAGGGCCCUUAACAAGCUCGAGAAGGUCGCUCUCGUCAGUAGGCGGAAGCGGGGCAAGCCCCUCGUGCUCAUCAUUAACCAGAUGCACCUUUUACGCGACGACGAAGACGGAAAGGACCUCAUCGAGCUGCUACAGCAACGCGCCGAGCAGUGGGCCGCGGCUAAUCUCGUCACCAUGGUCUUCAACAGCGAUGACUACUGGGUGUACGAGCGGCUGAAGCAGCUUGCUACGAGGAUGGAGGUUAUCCCUGUGAUGGAUCUUCCGAAGCAGCAGGCGCUGUCUGCCCUGCAAAAGUACCGACAUAGGUAUUUUAAAGAAGAUGUGGAGCAUAGUCUCCUCGAGGAGAUUUAUGACAUGGUCGGCGGUCGGUUGAGCUUUCUUAACCGUGUGGCCAAGAGUAAGGAUAUGCUAGGGACGUGCGAGACGAUCAUUGAUGUUGAGAGGAAGUGGUUCUUGAACCAGUGCUGGAUCCUAGGUGCUGAGAUGGAUGACGACGUUAUGGAUCAGCAAAAGUGGGCGGCCGCGGCAAUGGUCCUAGCCCUCGCCCUCGUCGACAAAGAAGAAGAAAUGGACAAAACCUACGACCCCGAAACCGGCCACAUCCUCCCGACCUACCCCUUCCACAAAGCCCAAGAGAUCAUGACGCGCUGCGACUUCAUCCGCCGGCUCGACAGCCUCAACCUCUUCUCCAUCACGGCCUGGGCCGACGUGCGCGCCAGCUCCGUGCCCAUGCACCGCGCCUUCAAGGAGAUUUGUUCCGAGCCCGGGUUCAGGGAGCAUCUCGAGGCCACGAUACAGCGGAUUGCCGAUAUCGAGAGUCUUGGGAGGACGAGGGAGUUGGUGGCGAAGGAUCUUGUCCUGGGUGGGGAGUAUCAUAUUGGGAAGGGGGAUUGGAAGACGGGUGGGGUGGUGGUGAAGUUGAAGCAGGCCGAGGAGAAAGAUGACGACAAGAAGGAUUGA